UUGCAAAAAAAAAAAAAAAAAGCAACUUCGGUUCUCAUUUUCGUGUAUAGAUUUUUAAGAAGAGGGGAGGCAAUGGGUGCUGUCAGAAAGCACCGUCUCAGCUUAGAUUAAGACUCACAUUUGCUCCAACAGAGAGGACCCACAUAGGAAAUUACUCAGACUGGCUAUAUAACUGGUGUUUCUUUGAACUGGGUUGAUUUGGGUGUCUUAGAAAUGAGGUCUUUUUGAUGUGCUUUUUCUAGGUUUGUUUGGUCAGAGAUCUGUGUUUGGUGUUUGGUUAGUUGCCCGAGGAAAUGGGGCUUCUCGGAUCUGCGCACUGAAUGUUGCUCCUCUAAAUCUUCUCUCAAACAGAUGCUUUGAGGUUUGCGAGAAAUGGCUACUGUUCUCAAUGCAGAAUUAUCGGAGAAAACUGGCAUUUUUGGUCUCAAGGUUUGGGAAUUGAUUGGGAUCAUUGUGGGGUUAUUUAUUGUGGUUAUCCUCUUUGGCUUAACUUUUUAUCUUACUUCACGAAAGCGAUCUAGAAGGGCUAGAGAAAAGAUUCCCCUUAGUCAUAUUCCAAUUGUUUCAAAGGAAAUUAAGGAAGUACAGGUGGAUCUAGUGUCAACAAAUGAAUUUGUUCCACGUGAUGGGAUUCUUCUCGCAAUCCAUGACAAAUCCAGCGAUAAAGAAUCUGAUAAGGUUUUGCUCCAUUUGAGAAGGGGAAAAACAGAGAAUGGAGAUAACAGCAGUCGAUCGGAUUCAUUCCAUCAUCUUGAUAAAGAGGGUGGAGGGUCUCAAUUAGGAGAAGAAGGGAGUUCUGACACAUUUGCGUUGUAUAAAUCUUCUUCUUCACGUCCAAUAAAUGCUCCUUCUCCUUUAAUUGGCCUGCCUGAAUUUUCUCACUUGGGUUGGGGUCACUGGUUUACAUUAAGAGAUCUUGAACUUGCAACAAACCGAUUUUCAAAGGAGAAUGUUCUUGGUGAGGGUGGAUAUGGAGUUGUUUACCAGGGACAUUUGGUUAAUGGGACUCCAGUGGCAGUUAAGAAGCUCCUCAACAACCUAGGCCAAGCGGAGAAGGAAUUUAGAGUGGAGGUUGAUGCUAUUGGCCAUGUGCGUCAUAAAAAUUUGGUUCGCCUUCUCGGAUACUGCAUUGAAGGAACUCAUAGGAUGUUAGUCUACGAGUACGUGAACAAUGGAAAUUUAGAACAAUGGCUCCAUGGAGCUAUGCGCCAGCAUGGAUAUCUUCCUUGGGAGGCCAGAAUGAAUAUUCUCCUUGGCACAGCAAAGGCACUUGCCUACUUGCAUGAAGCAAUUGAGCCAAAAGUUGUUCACCGAGACAUAAAGUCAAGCAAUAUAUUGAUUGAUGAUGACUUCAAUUCCAAGGUUUCUGACUUUGGUUUGGCUAAGCUACUUGGUGCUGGAAAAAGUCACAUCACAACACGGGUCAUGGGAACCUUCGGAUACGUGGCUCCGGAAUAUGCAAAUACGGGCCUUUUAAAUGAAAAGAGUGAUGUUUAUAGCUUUGGCGUUUUGCUUUUGGAAGCAAUUACAGGAAGAGAUCCAGUGGACUAUGGUCGUCCUGCUCAGGAGGUAAAUCUUGUUGAUUGGCUGAAAAUGAUGGUCGGAAACAGGCGCUCGGAGGAAGUAGUGGACCCUAACAUUGAAACCAGACCAUCGGCAAGAGGCCUAAAACGAGCCCUUUUAACUUCUUUGAGGUGUGUCGAUCCAGAUUCUGACAAAAGACCUAAGAUGAGCCAAGUAGUGCGUAUGCUUGAGUCAGAGGAAUAUCCUAUACCAAGAGAGGAUCGAAGGCACCGAAGAACUCAUGCAGGUAGCAUGGAGAUUGAAUCCCAGGAGUAUAUUGACACCGACAAGAGUGGCAACCCAGAUCCAAGAUCAGAGAGCAAAAGGAACAACAGAACAAAGGCAAAUAGUGAUUUUAUAGAUGACCUGGGGACAUAUGAAUUGAAAUCGUAAUUCUUACAAUUUUUUUCAUGUUCAUCAAAGCUUGGGAUGUGAGUGUUGAAGCUGAUAUCUGCAAGGGCACAAGAGGGAUUUGUUAUCGGGAUCAAGGUGGGAGCUACUGGUGGGGAAGAAGAGAAUUUUCCCGUUAUUUUAUUAUUUUUAUUUGUUGUUCCCCAUUUGUCUUUGUUUUUCUUCAUCUGAUCUGUCUUGCUAGUUUGUAUGGAAGUUGAUAGAGAGUUGAUUGUUUUGUGUAUGAAAGUGGUGGUAGUGUGCCAAAACUGAUCAGGGGUUGGCGUGGAGGCACUUUGGCUUGUAUGGUCAAAAGAUUUGUGAGUUGUUUUAUUUCUUACAAUGGAUGUGAUACAAAGGAUAGUAGCCCACAUGACUAUUCGACGUAAUAGGUAUUCUCCCAAGGGGCUUAGGGGAGGCUGGGUUGGUAAGGGGGGAUUACUUUUGUUAGAGCUGUUUUUUCUUUCUUCCCCGUGAACUGGGAUGUUAGAGUGACUUGUUAGCACUUUUAGGCCUCCUCUUUAUGUAGAUAAGCUGCAAGCAGAGUGUUCUCCUGCGCUUAA